UUAGAUGAAACCAAUUGCACGAGUGGAAUGGCGUAUGGUUAUGGAUUUUAGUCUUAGUCAAAUUGUAGUAAAUUUAACGUUAACAUUACAUAAUAACAUCAGUGUUUGGUUACUAUUUAAGGUUUUAUUAGAACGUUGAUUAAUCUGCUUUGGGCUAAUUUCAUUUUCAAAAUUAUAAAAUAUGAGUGUUGAUGCUUAUGGACCUAGCUCUCAAACCUUGACUUUUCUUGACACGGAAGAAGGGGCUGAUCUUUUAGGUGCUGAUACUCAAGGCUCAGAAUUUGAUUUCACUGAUUUCACCCUUCCUUCACAAACUCAGACUUCUCAACUAGAGCAUCCUCAGGUUCAAUCACGAAGUCAGUUAAAUGGUCCAGAAAUUCCUCUUCAGAAUGGACUUGAUAGAGAUGUUGCUGCUGCUACUCAAGGUUUUGGUGAAUUAACAUUUGAAGAAGAUGAAGAAGACCAAUAUUAUACAAAAGAUCUGCCUGAUCAUGCUUGCAAAUAUUGUGGGAUUCAUGAUCCAAGCUGUGUAGUACAGUGUAAUGUGUGCAAGAGGUGGUUUUGUAAUGGAAGAGGCAACACAUCUGGAAGCCAUAUUAUCAAUCAUUUGGUUCGUGCAAAACAUAAAGAAGUGACUCUUCAUAAGGAUGGGCCUUUGGGAGAAACUGUUCUUGAGUGUUACAGCUGUGGUUGCCGUAAUGUAUUCGUUCUUGGCUUCAUCCCAGCAAAAGCUGAUUCAGUUGUGGUGUUGCUGUGCCGUCAACCUUGUGCAGCUCAAAGCAGCCUUAAAGACAUGAACUGGGAUCCAGAUCAGUGGAAACCUCUUAUUAAUGACCGCACCUUCCUUACUUGGCUGGUAAAAGUGCCUCAAGAGCAGGAACAGCUUCGAGCACGUCAGAUUACAGCUCAACAGAUAAAUAAGUUGGAAGAGCUAUGGAAGGAAAAUGUUGAUGCUACCUUUCAAGACUUGGAAAAACCUGGUGUUGAUGAAGAACCUCAGCAAGUUCUCUUGAGAUAUGAAGAUGGUUAUCAGUAUCAAAACAUUUUUGGGCCACUUGUGAAGAUGGAGGCAGAUUAUGACAAGAAGUUAAAGGAAUCCCAGACUCAAGAUAACAUUGAAGUGAGAUGGGACAUUGGACUGAACAAGAAAAUCAUUGCUUAUUUUACCAUUGCCAAGUCUGAUACAGACAUGAGACUGAUGCAUGGUGACGAACUGAGGCUGCGCUAUCUUGGAGAACUUCACAAACCAUGGUCUGGUGUAGGGCAUGUGAUCAAGAUCCCAGACAAUUACAGUGAAGAAGUUGGUAUUGAGAUGAAAACAAACUUAGGACUCCCUUCUGAAUGUACUUCAAACUUUGUAGUGGAUUUUGUUUGGAAAUCAACAUCCUUUGACAGAAUGCAAGCAGCUUUAAGAAAAUUUGCUGUGGAUGAGACCUGUGUGUCUGCAUAUGUUUACCAUAAACUUCUAGGACAUGAAGUUGAGGAUGUCAUCUUGCGUUGUCAAUUGCCUAAACAUUUUUCUGCUCCAAAUUUACCAGAACUGAAUCGUUCUCAAGUAUAUGCAGUAAAACAUUCACUUCAACGACCUCUUUCCUUAAUUCAAGGACCACCAGGUACAGGUAAAACUGUUACUUCUGCUACUAUUGUUUAUCAUCUGAUGAGACAAAACAAUGGUCCUGUUUUGGUAUGUGCUCCAAGCAACAUAGCUGUCGACCAGCUAACAGAAAAGAUCCAUUUCACAGGAUUAAAGGUUAUCCGUUUAUGUGCAAAGAGCCGUGAAGCUAUCAAUUCACCAGUUUCAUUCCUUGCCUUGCAUAACCAAAUCAGGAACAUGGAAGGCCACUCAGAGUUGCAUAAACUACAGCAGCUUAAAGAUGAGACAGGAGAACUUUCAUCAGCUGAUGAGAAACGCUAUCGAAUGCUGAAAAAAGCCUGUGAAAAAGAACUCUUGGAGGCUGCAGAUGUCAUAUGCUGCACCUGUGUUGGUGCAGGAGAUCCAAGGCUGGCACGCUUCAAGUUCCAUUCCAUUCUGAUUGAUGAGAGCAUGCAAGCUACUGAACCAGAAUGUAUGGUACCUGUUGUUCUAGGGGCAAAACAGUUAGUCUUAGUUGGAGACCACUGCCAACUUGGUCCUGUAGUUAUGUGUAAAAAAGCUGCUCGUGCAGGAUUUUCACAAUCUCUGUUUGAACGACUUGUUGUACUAGGUAUUCGGCCUCUGCGACUUGAAGUUCAGUAUCGUAUGCAUCCUCAGUUAAGCAAAUUCCCAUCAAAUUUUUUCUAUGAGGGUUCACUUCAGAAUGGAGUGUAUGCUGAUGAGAGAAAAAUGAAAGGAGUUGAUUUUCCAUGGCCUCAGCCUGACAAGCCCAUGUUCUUUUAUGCUUGUCAAGGACAAGAGGAGAUUGCUGGCUCUGGUACUUCAUAUUUGAACAGAACUGAAGCAUCUCUGGUAGAAAAACUGACAACUAGGUUUUUGAAAUCUGGUCUGAAACCAGAACAAAUAGGAGUUGUCACUCCUUAUGAAGGUCAACGAGCUUACCUUGUCCAGUACAUGCAGUAUAAUGGUUCCCUUCAUGCUAAACUUUAUCAGGAAAUCGAGGUGGCAAGUGUUGAUGCCUUUCAAGGAAGAGAAAAAGACUUGAUUAUCAUGUCUUGUGUGCGUUCGAAUGAACACCAAGGAAUUGGUUUUUUGAGUGACCCCCGAAGACUUAAUGUUGCUUUAACCAGAGCCAAAUAUGGAAUAAUUAUUGUGGGCAACCCUAAAGUUUUAUCAAAGCAACCUCUGUGGAAUCACCUGUUGACUUUCUACAAGGAAAAUAAAGUGUUGGUUGAAGGUCCAUUAAAUAAUCUUAAAGAGAGCAUGAUUCAGUUCAGCAAACCACGAAAGUUAGUUAACACUGCUAAUCCAGGUGGCCAUUUCAUGAAUACAACAAUGUUUGAUGCCAGAGAAGCCAUGAUUCCAGGUAGUGUGUAUGAUAGAUCAUCUCAUCUGAAUGGAGGCCAAGCUUACUUUAACAGAACACAUGAUCAGAUUUCAUACAUCAGCACUGAUAGAGCCCAAGGAACUGUUACCAACUUGCCUGUGCCUAUUGGAAUGUUCAUGAACAUGGCCCAUAUACCUCCCCGUUUUUAUAAUCAGCAUCAACAAGCCAUGCAGGGGUCGGUAGUGCAAUUAUUGGCCGAUGAUGUGACUACUAUGAUCCAUAGAGAAUUGUCUAAUUUCAUGCAAGAUUCACCACCACUUGGUGUGUCUAACAGGGAGGAUGCAGCUGGGUAUCUUUUUUCCCCUUCCUGA